GGAAGAUACAAGAUGCGUGCAGACAUCUAGAAAAUAAUGUAAGACAUAAGUAUUAUUAUGACUACUAGAGCCAGACUCAGCGAGCGAAAGAAUGACUAUCUAAAGUCCUACUAUGUAUCAUAUUAGAGGACCGAGCGUUCGUGGACGGUGAACCAUCCAUCAUCUCAAUGCAGCCGAAACCUCCAUGAAAAUCUCCUCCACCUCCCCUAGAGAUUUACUUCUCCGAUGGCGUGAUUGGUAGGGCCAGCCAAUCCGUGGUCUCGAAUUGUCACAUUGGUCAUAAGCUAGGUACUCCAGAGCUCGUGUGGCGCUAGAAUGGACGUCGGUAUUAGCCGGUCAUGUCAAUUUCACAAAUUAAUUGCUUCGUUCUCCUCUGCUUCUCUCUACUCUACCAAUUGAGGAUCACAGUCCAUUCCUCUCUGUUAUCAUGGGCUCCAUCUCCAGUGCUGGAGAAGCUGCGGCGCGUGUCGCAUACCUCUCGAGUGAUGUGGUUAUUUCUGUUCAGCCUUCUCUCUCGACCGAGUCCGAAUUCUCAUCAUAUCUCCAAUCCUACUCCGAAAAGAACCUCGCUAGUCUGACGGCAAAGGCUGCGCCUGAAAUUUUUCCAGUGCGCCAAAAUGCCGAUCCUCUUCUCUCGGCCUUCCAACCAAUCCGCUCUGGCAAGGUCGUAUCAGUCACCACCGACUCCUCUAUUCUUCUCAAAUCCAUACCUCACCUCUACAAGCUCGCACAAUAUCCAAUCGUUCUCCAUGUCGCACUCGAAUCUUUAAAAUAUCCUGACUACUCCAGCAUAACCGCCAUACGUCAGUCUGGCUUCACUUUCAUACAAUCCGAGAAAUUGCAAGAAGUCUGGGACCUGGGAUUAUCAGCCCAUGCACUAGCGAUAAGAUCAGGAAAAGGUGUCAUUCAUUUCUUCGAUCCUGUCGCGUUGGAAGACGAUCUCGAGAUUGCUGCGGAUAAAGUAGAGACUGUGAGGCAAAUACUGGACCUCGAAAGCACAAAAUCAUGGCAAAGCACACGAUCUGAGGAGACAAGUUUGUACGUGAACGAUGGACGUGCUGCAACAAUUGAUGUGGCAAGAAGCCAAGGAGAGCAUAGUCUAGCAGAAUCUGGCCAGUCAGCGGAUCAAACAGUAUUGUCAGGGGCAACUGAAGGAAUCCAGCAAAGCGAGCGCAGCUCCUCUGUGUCCUCGUCGUCGAAGAGAGACAGCAGUGACGGCAAUGGAGAUGCGUCUUCGCUAGCAACCUCAUUCGAAUCGAUCACUUCACGCCCAGUAACAUCGGAAGAUGUUUACAACUACGCAAAGCAGAUUUGGGGAACGAUCAAAGACCUCACAGGUCGUGCAUAUGAUGCUUUCGAAUACUCUGGAUCAAACGACGCAACCGCGGCUGUCUUUGUCUUUGGUAGCGACGCUGGGCUUUUUGGUAAUGAGAUUGAUCAGGCGAAGCCCACAGAUGAAUACGCGAAUGCCGGCCUGAUCACUGUGAGACUAUAUCGGCCUUGGUUGGGAUCAAAACUUGCGGAUAUACUGCCCAAGUCAGUCAAGAAAAUCGCUGUCUUGGAGCAAAUACGUCGCAAGACUACCAAAUGGGGACCUCUACUCCUGGACCUUCUAAUGACCCUGAAGACUGCUGGUUCAGAUAUUGCUAUCGUUGGGUAUCAGGUUGGCUACAUCGAAGAGGCCACUGCCAGACAAGCAAUCAGGGGUGUGUUCCAGAACCUCGCAUUACCGUCUCCCAUACAAAACUUGGAGAUUGGUAAUAUGGAUGGUCCCGAGGCAUUGACUGAGGAAGUCUCAAUUGAACAACCAGAACUUGAAAACGCAUACAUGAAAGUUCUCAAGCAGAUAUUCUCAGAGCGGUUGCAUGUUGCAAAUCAACUCGGACGCGAAAAUGCUGGCAUCUCUGCCAGCGUUCGUGCAAAUCCCGAAUUUGGAUUCGGCAAGUUGAUGGCCCGCAAGGAGCGUCGAUCAAGAUUUGUCGAAGAGGUACAAGCUGCAUCAAAAAGCCGCGCAUUUCUGACCGAAAACCCAGCCACGUGGCUUUCGAAAUGGGCUCUCGCAGCUGAGAAUCCCGAAAAGGCCAAUCAGAUUGCACCUGAAGUCAUAUCACGUCUCAGUACAGAUGGGUCUGCAGCAGCUACGCAGCUUCUAUCAACAAAGUCGUUCUUCUUCAACGAGUCGCAGUGGUUGGUUGGAUCGGAUGCUUGGGCAUAUGACUUGGGCAACUCCGGUGUUCAUCAUGUCCUAGCUUCUGGGGCAAAUGUGAAUAUGCUUAUCGUUGACUCCCAGCCAUACUCCGAGCGCGCUGCAGCUGAUGCAGCUCGACGCAAGAAAGACAUCGGACUAUACGCUAUGAACUUUGGCAAUGCCUAUGUCGCAUCAGUUGCCGUUUACAGCUCCUACACUCAAGUGCUCCAAGCAAUGAUUGAAGCCGACAAAUUCAAUGGUCCCGCUGUUGUGCUUGCAUAUCUUCCGUAUAACAUCGAGACAGAUUCUCCUUUGACGGUCUUGCAAGAAACGAAGAAGGCUGUGGAUCUUGGAUAUUGGCCUCUCUACCGCUGGGAUCCUUCUGCUGAGAAAGGCGAUGACAGGUUCAAGUUGGAUUCUGAGCGAAUAAAGCAAGAGUUGCAGCAGUUCCUAAAGCGUGAUAAUUAUCUCAGCCAGCUUAUGAACCGUCACCCACAGUUUGCCGCAAACAUCUCUUCUUCGUACGGCACAGAAGUUAGGCAAUCCCAGAAGCGCAAGGCCAAAGACGCAUACAGCCAAUUGCUUGAAGGACUUCUGGGCGCGCCACUGACAGUCCUCUUUGCUUCAGAUAAUGGAAACGCUGAGAAUCUGGCUAAGCGCCUCGGCAACCGUGGUAAAGCUCGAGGACUAAAGACGAUGGUCAUGGCUAUGGACGACUACCCGCUUGAGGACCUUAGCAGCGAAGAGAAUGUUGUGUUGAUUACAAGCACGGCUGGUCAGGGCGAGUUUCCCCAAAACGGGCAUGCAUUCUGGGAAGGUGUGAAAGACUCCACCGACCUGGACCUUGCAACUGUUAACUUUGCUGUAUUUGCGCUCGGAGACAGCCAUUACUGGCCGCGGAAAGAAGACAAGAUCUAUUAUAACAAACCCGGUAAAGAUCUACACGCCCGUUUCUUGACUCUUGGAGGCCAUGCGAUGACAGAGUGUGGUCUCGGUGAUGAUCAAGAUCCUGACUCUUACCAAACCGGUUACGCAGAGUGGGAGCCGAAGUUGUGGCAAGCCCUUGGAGUUGAUAACGUUGAAGGCCUCCCGGAAGAACCACCACCAAUUACCAAUGAGGAUAUCAAGAUUGAGUCAAACUUCCUUCGUGGGACAAUCAUGGAGGGACUGCGGGACACAAGCACCGGCGCCAUUUCCGCGCCUGACCAGCAAUUGACCAAGUUCCAUGGAACAUACAUGCAAGAUGACCGCGACAUACGUGAUGAACGCAAAGCCCAAGGUCUCGAGCCAGCGUACUCUUUCAUGAUUCGUUGUCGUUUACCAGGUGGUGUCGCUACUCCUGAUCAAUGGGUCAAAAUGGACGCAAUUGCAUCCAGCCUUGGCAACGAAACCAUGAAAUUGACUACUCGUCAGACUUUCCAAUUUCACGGUGUAGUCAAAGGUAAGCUUCGACCAGCCAUGCAAGCAAUCAACAAGGCUCUCAUGACUACGAUUGCCGCCUGCGGUGACGUGAAUAGGAACGUCAUGUGCAGCUCUCUUCCUCAGCACUCUCAGUAUCAUGCCGAAGUUCAUGCGGUGUCCAAGAAGAUCAGCGAUCAUCUACUACCUUCAACCACGGCGUACCAUGAGAUCUGGUUGAAGGACGAGAACGACGUGAAGACUCAAGUAGCUGGGGAUGCCGUGGUGGACAGCGAACCCUUGUAUGGACCUACCUAUCUGCCCCGAAAGUUCAAGAUCACCAUCGCGAUACCGCCACAUAACGAUACCGAUGUCUACGCACACGAUAUUGGUCUCAUCGCCAUUAAGGGAGCUAACGGCCAUCUUGAGGGCUUUAAUAUCAUCGCUGGUGGCGGCAUGGGUGCGACUCACAAUAACAAGAAAACUUAUCCGCAAACAGGCCGCAUGUUCGGCUAUGUUCCGGCACAUAAUGCCCACAUAGCUUGUGAAAAGAUUAUGCUCGUCCAGCGAGACCAUGGUGAUCGCAAGAACCGCAAGCACGCACGCUUAAAGUAUACCAUUGAUGACAUGGGCGUCGACGUCUUCAAGGGUAAAGUUGAAGAAUUAUGGGGCCACAAAUUCCUUGAACCUCGACCGUUCGAGUUCAAAUCCAACAUCGACACCUUCGGUUGGCAGAAGGACGAGAACGGCAAGAACCACUUCACAUUCUUUAUUGAAAAUGGGCGCAUUGAAGACACUACUGAUUUUCAAAUGAAAACUGGGUUGCUGGAAAUCGCAAAGGCGCACAAGGGCGAGUUCCGCCUGACUGGAAAUCAGCAUUUGAUUCUGAGUAAUGUGGAUGACGCCGAUUUGCCUGCGCUCAAGAAACUCAUGAAGCAGUACAAACUCGACAACACUUCCUUUUCUGGCAUGCGUCUCUCCUCGUCCGCCUGCGUCGCGUUUCCUACUUGCGGCCUCGCCAUGGCCGAGUCCGAGCGCUACCUCCCAGAACUCAUCACUAAGCUUGAAUCAACGCUCGAGUCCAACGGUCUGGGCAAGGAGUCCAUUGUCAUGCGUAUGACCGGAUGUCCGAAUGGUUGCGCACGGCCUUGGCUCGCGGAAAUCGCAUUUGUAGGCAAGGCAUUUGGUGCAUAUAACAUGUACCUCGGCGGCGGGUACCAUGGCCAGAGACUUAACAAACUCUACCGGAGCAGUAUCAAGGAAGAAGAGAUUCUGGACAUCCUGAAGCCGAUGCUAAAGAGGUACAGUCUUGAAAAGGAGGAGGGAGAGCAUUUCGGCGAUUGGUGUAUUAGAAGCGGGAUUAUUAACGAGACCACGGAUGGGAUGAACUUUCAUGAUAAUACAGCGGAGGUUGAAUCGGACGAGGAGUAAAUGGAGUGCAGUAUGGUCGUAGAAUGGAUGUGUAUAGGGCGGCAUGUGGGCCUUCUAAACAGACGUGAAUAGUUUCCGAUCAUUUCCUUACCACUUAGUGGCAUGGCGGGCGUUAGCAUGACAUAGGUUGCACCCCGCGUGUCUCUUCUUUUCGUCUUCUACGUAUACAGUUAUGAGCCUAAACUAUAGUCUACAAGAGCUAAAGUUCUUGACUAGCAUGAAUACCAAUCAACCAAUUUUAAGCUCUCUUCC